AGGAGAACCAUUGGCGAUCCAUCGGCAGGGUCAUCUUCUACCGGUGCACUUGUAUUUUCAUGAAAACCCAUACUUGAGGGUAGAUUCACAAGAGGGCGAUGAAAUAAUAACACGUCGCAAUAGCCGAUAAUUGGUGAUAAUUAACAGUAUGGAUAUCACUUGAAAAUAACUCAAGAUCACUUCAAUUUAAAUGGAUUAUAACAAUCAAUUUUAAAAAAACGUGGCGAACCCAGAGAUGAUAUAACGUCCGGUUGGACGCUUCAAUCGCUCUGCUCGACUGAAACUUUGCUGGUGUCCAUCCUGCUAGCCGUGGCGAUAUGCGUCCAAGUGGGCGCUGUGGCGUAGCUUGUCGUUAUCUAUAGCUACCCAUAGAAACAAACCGGUGACGGGCGGGCUCCUGGCAGUGAAUGUGUUAAACAAAGAGCAUAUAAUCACUACGGUGUUAAACUUAGAGUCAGUCUCCUGACAGCGCUGCGUCAUCAUGCGUUGAUGAACAGUUUCAUAUUCGAAAAAUAUAUUAUAUACUGCUAAAAAUUUGUCUAAAGCCCGACCAGAAAUAUAUGAUAAUUGUCAAGAGGGCGCUGUUAUUCUAAUGUAUAGGGUGACAGUUCUGUUUAGUAUGAAAAAUUUAGUUCUAAGAAAUUCCGUAAUAUGGCGCGUGAUCAUAUAUUACUGGUCAGGCUUUACAUUAAGGUAGUGUGUCUAAAAGCAAGUUACAGAGAUAUAUAUCUAGCUGGGCCGACUCUCAAUUUGUAAGUUCAAAUUUGCCUCUUGUAUUUUUAUUUUUUAUACGAUCGGCCCGAUUCGAAGAAUGAGAUACUUUAACGACACGAUAAGUACUGGUUUAGAUAUCGUUUGAAUAUCGUAUAAUUGACAGAAGCAGCUUGAUUCGGGCAACCAAUGUCACUUUGACGUUAGAAAUAUCGUAGAUAGAUCUUAUUGGGAUCACAGCGGAAUCGAAAUAAACAUCAAUUUUUACAUGUCGUUUAGUUAUCGAUAUUUUAAAGAUCUUUCCAAGAUCCUAAACGUGUCUUAAUCAUUCUUCGAAUCGGGCCGUAUGUUAUUCUAUCAUAACCAUAGAGUAACUUUAUAAGUUUGUAUACUCAGGUAAUGGAAGGAAAGUCACACUCGUAACGUCAUACUUAAGAUGACAGCUAAGUAUAUUUUAGUUUCACUUUACAAAUUAAUGGUUUAGUUUAACAUCAUUUAUUACAUUAUUCAAAAUGAUCAAGUCUGAAAUAAAGAAACCUGAUACAAUUUUGUACUUCGCGUACGGCAGUAAUAUGCUAUCGUUCCGCAUCCAUAUGCUGAACCCUUCAGCCGAAUUCGUCACUAUAGGAUGGGUUGAAAACUACCGUGUGGAUUUCAUAAGUUACUCGUCUUUUUGGGGCGGACCAACAGCAACUCUGGUGCCCACGGCUAAUGCUCACACUUGGGGUGUUAUAUGGAGACUACACAAUGACGACAUGGCCCAUCUCGAUCACCAAGAAGGUGUCGACGUGAAAAAAUACUACGUAAACAAUCUCCUAGUCCAUACAACUCACAUGGGAGACUUUACAUGCCGCUGUUACAUUCAAAGAAUAAAUCCACUGCCGCGAGCAGAUACCGAGGAGAUCCCAAUCGAGCGGUGGCCCUCUUGGGCUCUGAAGGAAAUCAUGAUAUACGGCGCCAAGGAACACGGGUUGCCCGACUACUACAUCAAGAACUUGAAGCGUUUGAAACAUAACGGGGAAGAGGGCGCCAUCAGAACUUGGUGUCUCUUGGAGCGGUACGCUCGCGAAAAGCCGUGCGAGUGCAGAGUGCCGGGACGUAUACCAAGGGAGCCAUUGAAACUGGAUAAUAAAUUAAAAAAAGAUUUCAGGUGGACCUCUGAGAUAAUUAAACAAGAUGACUAAAGAUGAUGUUUGGGUUAAACAACGGUACGAAAAAGAUUUUUUCCACUCUCUAGUCUCUCCUUUUUGAUUGAGCAUUUUUAAACAGUAUAAUAGAUACUACUAAUACUUAAAAUAAAUAUUAUUUUAUUUUUUACACCAUAAUAAUAAGUACGAGUAGCAUGCAUGAAGGCGCCGUGACUUCAGAUUCUUCUCUCGAUGUUUCACUGACCGCGGAGGAGACGGACGUGCAUGCCCCGGGAUCGCAGAUAUCAUUGUUAUUGAAUCUUUUAUUUUUAGUUAGUAUUAACAAAUAAUCGAUGAGAUCGAUCGAAAAUAAAAUUGCGCAUAUUUAGAAGAAUUUUUUACCUUUUGUCCAAAAAUGCAUACAAUUUUUUAAUCUUCUUCUUCUCCUAAGCUUUUAUCCCAUCAUCUGGGGUCAGCUCUCCUUGUCUAUCUUUUCCAUUUUUGUCUAUCCUCCGCUGUUGCUGCGUCCAUCUCGGUCUCCCUCAGAUCUCUCUGGACCGUCGUCAGCCAGGUCGUCAGCGGGGGGUCUUCCGUGGCGACGCGACGUGGUGGGUAGGCUUACGUUUACCAUGUGGUCUGUAGGGCGGCGGAGUAUAUAGCCAUACCAUCGCAAGAGACGUUUCUUUACCUUGUCAAUGAUGGGAACGACUUUGUAACUGCCUCUGCUGUGUAUGUUUCGAACUUUGUCUAGAAGUGUUACGCCCGCUGACCAGCGUAGGAUGCGCAUUUCUGUCGCGUGGAGUUUUGACAAAUGUUGCAGUGUAAAUGCCUAGCACCCUGUACCGUAAAGUAUAGCUGGUCUUAUCGCCAUUUUGUACAGUUUACCUUUUAGUUGGAUGGGCAUGCUUUUAUCGCACAUCACGCCUGUGAGCUGUCUCCACUUCAUCCAUCCUGUGGUUGUUCUGUGAGUUACAUCUUUUUCGAUCUUACCGUCACUACGGAUGAUAGACCCUAAAUAUUUAAAAUGUUCAACCGUUGGUAUUUGGUAUGCCUUCUAUGUAGAGUUGUUGAUUUGUAACGUGUGACCAUCGAAUAUACACGACAUCAGAAGGCCUACCGCGAACCACGUUCGACGUGUUGCCUCCCUGUCAUGCUUACGUACGAAUGUACAAGUGCGACAGAGAGGCAACACAUCGAACGUGGUUCGCGGUAGGCCCUCUGCUCCGUUUUCUUGCGACUGCUUUUAACCAGCAGUCUAGAUCCUUCUGAAGGCCUUGCAACGAGUCUGGUAUACAACUUUUUAAUAAUACGUUUUAAAUCUAUGAUUAUUUUAAUCGAGCGAAAAUUGUUUAACAGGUUUCGAAUCGAUGAAGUUACUAGAGAAAAGCGUGAAGGCAUGUUUUUUGGCUACCGCAUCUAAAAAAAUCGGCCAAGAGCAUGUCAGGCCUUGCUCAGUGUAGGGUUCCGACGUUACCCGCUUGUCACAAUAGGCUGCCUUGAACGGGAGCUACUAGGUGGCAACAAGCAAAAGGGAGUUAGUUAUCUUUGCAGCAGUUUUAGUACCUAAGAAGGAAAGACUUUUAGCAAAAACUCAAAAACUGCUCAACCGGUCACGUUCGCUAUAGUUAUCAAAAAAUUAUUUUUUUAAAGAAGACCCAUUUUAAAAGACCUAUCCAACGACACCCCACAUGAUAAGAUUAGAGCAAAAAAAACAAAAUCACAAAAUAAAUUUUUGAAGGGGAAAUACUCUACACGAUUUUUUUUUCAUAUAUAUUUUACCAUUUUGUUACCAUGAUUGAUUUUAGUAAUCAUGCCAAAUUGAGAUUUCUAGCACUAACGAUCAUGGAGCAAAGCCGCGGACGGAUAUGGUGAAACUAUAAGGGUUCUUAAUUGUCGACUACGGAACCCUAAAAAGCGCCACGAUUUCUCAAGAACUCUGCUACGUGAACCCACUGCACAUUAAGGGUAAGUAAAUAUAGCCAAAAUUGUUAACAAGAGUCAAUAGACUUCUCGU